AUGACUGUCGCCGAGCCAUCCUUCAUCAAUGAAUUCGACCUUCGAACGAGUUCUCUCGGUGCCUCCGAGCAAGCGGAUCGAGUCUCAAAUAUCACGUCCAUGGUCCACAUCGGCAGUAUUCCUGGUGCCUUGAUUGCCUUUGUCCUCUGCGAAAGAAUUGGAAUGCUUUGGUCCAUGCGCCAACUAUGUGCCCUGUGGCUAGCGGGUGUAAUCAUCAUGAUCACUGCGGGUGGAAGGCUAUGUCGGAUAUAUGGUGGACGGUUUGUCAUGGGACUUGGUAUUGGGCAGGCUGGUAUCGUUGCUCCUACAUAUUUAGCGGAGAUUGCUCCUCGCAAUGUGAGGGGAUUCUUGGUCUGUUUGUUUGGUAUGUCAGAGUACAUCGGGAUAAUGAUAGGGUACUUCUCGGCGUGGGGCGCUUCGUUGCAUAUCUCCAACAGCAGUGCAAAACAGUGGAUCAUACCGCAGAGCAUACAAAUCAUUGUUGCCGGGGCUCUACUCCUGCUCUCCCAUCUAUGCGAAGAAAGCCCUCGGUAUCUGUGUAAGGUCGGGCAUGACGAAAAAGCGAGAACAUCGCUGGAAAAACUAUGGGGUCUACCUGGCGAACACGAGUUGAUUUCGUCGGAAAUGGAUACUAUCCAACGUCAGCUGCAUAUUGAACAGGAGCAAUCGAAUGGUCUAUCCUGGCUCAGUGCCCUGCGGGAAUUGUUUCUCGUGGCAGCUAACCAAAAGCGACUGCUUUUUGUCAUAUCAGAGCAGCUUGUGAGCCAAUGGUCCGGAGCAAAUUCGAUUACCACAUAUGCUCCUGGGCUAUUCGCCCUGCUUGGCUUGACGGGCCAGUCUGAAAAACUAUUCACGACCGCAAUACUGGGAGCCGUCAAGUUGGUUGCCUCUCUCCUUUGCGCCAUCUUUUUGAUUGACCACAUCGGACGCAAGCGAUCCUUAGUCUCCGGCAUUCUGAUCCAGCAAGUUUCCAUGCUGUACGUCGCCAUCUAUCUCACCAUGGAGUCAUUCUCCGCCGAUGCAGAGUCAGCUUCCAUGAAGCGAGCAGCCAUUGGAGCAAUCGUCUUCAUUUAUUUCACAGGCGUGGGCUGGGCCAUGGGGUUUAACGCAAUCCAAUACCUGAUUAAUGCCGAGGUGUUUCCACUCCGAGUUCGAGCCAUCGGGACCAGUCUUUUGAUGUGUUUUCACUAUGCCAACCGGUAUGGUUUGUCCAAGGCUGUCCCGUCUAUGUUACUUGAAGAUGCACUUCAACCGAAAGGGACUUUUUGGUUCUUUUCGGUCUUGACGUUCUUGGGCCUCUUGUGGACAUUGCUGUUCCUGCCAGAAACGGCGGGGCGGAACCUUGAGGAAACAAACGAGCUGUUUGUGUAG